AUGGCCACAACACAGCGCUUACGUGCUCGACAGGCUCAUGCCCCCGGCGCAACCUACCUCGCAUACACACCGAACGGAAAGAAACUCGUCACAGCCGGAGUUGACAACUACUGCCGCGUCUUCACCACCGGAUCUGACGAUGAACCGAUCACUGUGGAUGAAUGUCAGGAGAACAACACCGCCGUGGUUGCUGGUAAUGGUUACUUUAUAACAGGCUCAGAAGACGGCACAGUAAGCAGGUUCUCGCUAGAGAAUGGAAAGUUCGAAGAGAUACUGGUCAGGACUACGCUGCCGGUACGAGACGUUGCUCUUAGUCCGGACGGGAACUGGAUCGCGGUUGCGAGCGAUGAACUCGUCGUUAACCUCGUAAACACCAAAGAUAAGAGCAUGAAAACACUGCGUGAACAGCCACGAGCCGUAAAGCAUGUUUCUUUUGACAAGACCGGAACACAACUCGCCGUUUCCUGCACCGACGGUCACCUCUACAUGUACAAGCUGGAUGGCGAUGAGCCUGAAAUGGUCAACAAGAUAGAGGGAAUGAUCAAAAGCUUGGAGGCAGAUGCAGAGACCAGUUCCAAAGUCCUCUGGCAUCCAGAUGGCCGAGCGUUCGCUACACCCACGGCAAUGCGUCAAAUACAGGUCAUGUCAACGGCCGAUUGGGAGAGACAGCGAGUGUUCAAGACGGGUCAUACAGCCGAUAUCACGGCAGCGGCAUGGUCGCCUAACGGAGCCUUGCUGGCGACUACCUCGAGCGACCUGAGCCUAUGCCUCUGGGAUACCAAGACACAGAAGCAACUCAAGAAGCUUGACGAUGUCAAAGCUACUAUCCUGGCUAUGGCAUGGCAUCCAACAGAGAAUAUUCUCUCAUACACCAACAAUGAAGGCGAACUCUUCAUCCAUACUGACCUUGUGCCCGACGAACAUCUUCCUCUACUACAGAAACCUACCGUUUCCGCACCUUUCUUCCACGACCCGUCAGAAGGCCGAGCUGGUGUUCCACAACCAGCGAAGCUCACAAAUGGCAAUGUACAGACUCUUCCUGGACGGCCAAGGCAAAGAAGCGGGACACCAGAUUCUCUAGAGGAUAUAUUGGGCCCUGAAUUUCAAGAUGACGAAGCCCAAGUGGAUGGGGACGAAGAGAUGGAGGAUUUUGUUAUCGACGAUGAUGGUGCUGGAUAUGCCCCCGCAGUCACGGCAGCGAAGAAACGUCCGAAUGGACACCUUACCAGCGGCGCAGAACCAGCCUCCAAACGCCGCGCAUACAGCUCUGCCCUAUUCCGUCCUCAAGUUCACGAGCCCUUUCAACCAGGCAGUACACCAUGGCGUGGCAAUCGUCGGUUACUCUGCUGUUCUUUGACUGGCUACGUCGAGACUGUGGAACAGGAAGGGAAACACCAUACAGUGAGUGUCAAGUUCUACGAUGAGCACACGUUCCGCAACUUCCACUUCACCGACAUCUUCCUAUAUGACAAAUCCUGCCUCAACGAGAAUGGUACGCUGUUUGCCUGCCAGCCCAACAGCACUGGGGACGGUAACCCUGCGAUCAUAUACUACCGGCCGCAUGAGACUUGGACGACAAGGACCGAGUGGCGGACGAAUCUUCCGACUGGGGAGUCUGUCACCGCCAUUGCAUUGUCGGACUCAUAUGUCUGCGUAACUACGUCGGCGAACUACGUGCGCAUAUAUUCUCUCUUCGGCCUGCCGGUACGCGUCUACAGGCAAAAGAGCUCGCCAGCAGUUACCUGUGCGGCGUGGCGCGAUUACAUCCUGACCAUUGGAAACGGACCCAUUCAGAACGACCUUAGCACACAACUCCUCUACACCAUCGAGAACAUCAAGCACGACAUCGUGUACCAGGACUCUGACAUCCUCGCUCUACCUCCUGGCACAACGCUAACCUCAGUCUUCUUCUCUGUGGAAGGCGACCCGUACAUCUAUGACUCUGACGGCGUCUUGCUGACCCUCCUUGGCUGGAGAAAUACUGGUCAAGCCCGAUGGGUACCCAUGCUCGACACAAAGCUCCUCUCGCGACGUGCCGGCGGUGGAAAAGAAGAAUCAUACUGGCCCGUCGGUGUUGCCUCAUCCCCCACAUCCUCUAAUGGUACAGGUGCAAAAUUCCACUGCAUGAUCAUCAAAGGCCGAGAACAAUACCCUUCAGCUCCCGUUCCGCAUCUCUCCGAAUUUGGCUUCGAAAUCCCACUCACAAGUGUAGUCGACAAGGCCAAGAGCAAGAAGAAUAAGAGAGGCGAGGAGAGUGACAUGGAAGAUGAAGACGACGACGACGACGAAGAGCCGCAGAGUAACGAGGAAAAGCAGCAAGAUCAUGAACAAGCCUUUAUCCUCGCCUCGACGUUGCAUUCACAACUUUCUUCAACACUACUGCACACCCGUCCCACAGCAUCGCAGAAAUCCGCGCUGAGCACGCUGGAAGUGGCGAUUGACCGUGCGUUGCUCCAGUUGCUCGGCUUGGAAUGUCUGGCGGGUGAGGACCAUGGCAUGAAGGCCUUGGAGAUUGUUAGUCUAAUGAGGGAUGCAAACGGCAAGAUGCUCGACCUCGCGGGUAAAGUGGCGAGCAGGUAUGGGCGUGAAAUGCUUGGGGAGAAGAUUAGGGAGUUGGCUGAGAAGAAGGCCUUGGCUAGAGAAGACGAUGAAGAAGAAUUUUAG